CGUGACCAGUGUGUCUGGUGCAGCGUAAUUCGCGUCCCUGGCUUCAUUAUCAAAUUCAUUGAUGCGCCGUAAACAAUAUCAAGUUUCCUUUCUGCUUGAUCGGGUGUCACUGAAGUGUACAAGCUUUGUCCUGAAAGACUUUAGAUGCAAAUAGCACACUCAUGUGGUUUACAUUUGUAUAUUUAUCCUUUGAUAACUGGGACGACGUGGAACCCUGAGAAAUCUGAUGAAUAUUUUUGGAAGUAAGCUUAGAGUUGUGAGCAUUAAAGCAGGAUAAAAAUCGUUGAAAACAUGGCUUCAGUGUUCAUGAAGAAAGGCGUUUUAUUCUUCAUCAUAUUGCGUUUCUUGGUCAGCGGUAUCGAGGAGUACAUGAUCUUACCCACGGCAUGGAAGUACAUUCAUUUCCUUGGGGAGAGCGAAAUAUACCUUGGUAUCGUGUUGGCGGCCUACGGUGCGGCUGUUGUUGUAUUUACACCACUUCUCAGCAAACUAACGGACAAAUACCGCUGUCCAAAGCUCAUGCUCUUGUUCUGCCAUGCGUUGCGCAUGUGCGGUAACGCCCUGUACGCGAUAUCACUAUCACCGUUCUAUGCUCUGAUUGGUCGAAUCCUGUGUGGAAUAUCUGCUGCCAGUGAUGUUCUACUGUUGGGAGAACUCGGCAGGACUACCAAAGCAAAACACAGGGCAAACGUCUUCUUUCUUUUGGAUGGAAUCUACAUUCUCGGCUGUGCGAUGGGUCCAACACUUGCGACGAUUUUUACAUUCAAUUUUAGCGUAUCUGGCUGGAAGGUGAUCCCGGAAAAUUCGUCGGGAUUUGUUCUGGCGGUGAUUUGGCUGGUAAUAUUCAUGAUAACUCUGGUUUUACCGCGAGAUUUCAGCCUAGACGAAGAGCUAAGCGAUGCUCAACUUGUUUUAACUCCCAGUGGUUUUGCGGAAUCGUUUGCCGAAGAUGCGCAGAAAACGGCCGUUGACAGGAGCCAAAUCUUGUGUCUUUUGAGUUACAUAUUCUUUAUAUGGUUCUUUUUAUCCGUGACGGGAUUUUACACCCCACUGUUUGCUUCGGAGUUGUUCAACUUCGGCCAGUUUCAUAUCAAUUUGUUGUUUGGUAAUGGACUAUUGUUACAGCUUGUUUUGUUCCUUUUCUGCUAUGUCAUAAAAGAGAAGAUAGACGAACGAUUUUUACUGUUAAUUGCGAUGUUUCUUCAAGCAGUGCCACUCAUCAUUAUGGGAACAUUUGGACUCAACUGGAGUCAUGAAUAUAUGUUUCUUUUACUGGUUUUUAUUCUGGUUGGCACCCCGCUGGUAUCGUUCACCGUGGCAAGUUCAUUGCUGUCCAAGAUCACCCAUCCGCAACUGACAGGGUACUAUCAGCGUUUGGCUUACACAGCUCAACACAUCGCGUUAUUUUUGUCCCGAAUUGUCGCUGCUUUCUUCUUUAAACGAACAUUGCUGGCAUGGCUGGGAUUGCAGCUCGGUUUUCUGUGGCUAAUGAUAACUGUUUCAUAUACACUUGUUUUCUUCAUGAAGUAUUAACAUGGAGCAAUCGCUGUAAAUAUAUAUAGACGUGUUCGUAGUUUACAGCUGUUUCGC